UCCGUCGUCUUCAAUCUGCUGCCGGACUCCUCGGUCACUCCCCCCGCCCGAGUCCAUCCUUCAUGAAGGGGAGCAGCCCGCCGCCGCUCAGACGUGGAGGGAAGGACACGCAGAGGGACGCUCGCCGCUGACCGCGCGGGGUUAUUGUUGCUCCGGUUGAAAUUCACGGCUCUCCCGACACGUUGAGCGCGUUUCGCCUCGGUGCUGGACCGAAAGGGAGCACCGUUCUCCGGGAGUCUUCAGGAACGGAGCCGGCAAUUGGAAGGCUAUCAAAGUGAGAAGAGGAACUGGCCAACCAAGCAGAGUGUGAGCCCCUGGACCUUGUAAGCAAGCAGCAACGUCGGUGUCCACACCUUUUUAUAGGAGGGGGGAAUGAAACCGGAUGGGGAUACCAUGGAAACCAAUGAGCCCUCCGAAGCUGCAGCUGUAGCGGAGCCCACCGCAGCUGUAGCAGAGCCCUCCUCGUUGCAGGACAACAUCACGGAGCAAGCCCCAUCACAACCUGAGGAAGCUGCAAAUGACGCAGCACCCAGUGCUGCUCUGAAGGCCAAUGGCAAGCCAGUGGCAUCAGAGCCCAAAGUCAAACCGAAAGCUUUUGCAACUAAAACGCAGCCUGCAGCCAAAUCUGCAGGGGCCUCCGGAUCACGGCCAGGUACCAUCUCGCACCGCACGGCGAAUGGUGUGAAAUCCUUGAACCAAACUGCUGCAGUCAAGAAAACGGCAACCACAGCAAAAGCCUCAGCUGCGGGGGCCGUAUCCAAAAGACCAGUGGGUGGCGCAACCGUUUCCUCCACGGUUAAGAACCAAUCUAGAGUGCCUGACAAGAAGCCUGUUGGACCGGCCAGGACUACCUCUGUUGCUGCCGUCACAGCAACAAAUGGUAGCAAACCAACAACAGUGAAUGGCAUUCCUAAGAAGAGACCAGUAGCUGAGACUGUUAAUGUAGCUCGACCCAAAACCACAGCUACUGCCCCAAAAGCUGUCACUUCGACCACAACAAAAGCUGGUGUUGCCGGUGCUUCAAAGACCACCAGGCCUGCUACAGGUCCCUUGACAUCUCGACCUGCAUUCACCACAUCCAGGCCCACCACAUCCACAGUCAAGCCCUCCACCACUGCAACAGCCCAAACGGCUGCCUCUAGAGUCACCACAGCACCCUCUACAGGCAGGACCGCAGCGGUACUGCCUCCUAAUCCUGUUGCUGCAAAGAAAGAUGUCAAGCGACCACCUUCUGCAGUGGCAAAGAAACCUACCGCAGCUACAACAUCUGCUGCUACCAAAAAACCUGAACCAUCUAAACCCACAGCCACCGUGAAGCUCAACUCCGCCUCCAAAUGGUCCAUGACCGAGAAGGCAGCAGACUCCAAAAUGCCACAGUCCAAAACUUUGCCACCUGCAAGAUCUACUCCCUCAAAGAAACCUGUCGUGACUGUUUGGUCCAAAGCCCACAACAAGCAGCCCCUUGGUCGAACCCCACCUGCCUCUCCAGUCAACAAACCUGCAAACGGCAAGACCUCUCACGCAAAACGUGGACCCAAACCCAGUCUGGCUGUCCCACCUUUCACUGCUGCAAAGAAGACAAUUACAACCACAUCUGCUGUAGAACCACAGAGAGCUGCAGGUGCAGCAGCAGCAGCAACGAUGCUAGCAGCAACACAAGCGGCGGCGACUGAGUCUUUCCCAGAAGGAUCAUCCCUCGCUGCCUCCGCACCAGAGGAUGACAGUCCACAGGUCUUGGACCAGGAUACCAUGCCAGAGGUGGCACUUCAGGAGACUGCUCAAAGACAUUCAGCUGCUUCCUCUCUUCCUCAAAGCCCUGUCAGGGUGUCCGUACCACAGACAUUUCCACCCCAGGAGCAGCAAAUCAGCAAUGCUCCCUCACUAACGACACAGGAGCAGGCCCCAGCUGAGCCUGCAUUACCACCAGUGGCCUGUUCUCCAGAUCUAUUCGAGGAGGCUGUUUACCUGUUAACAAACCAAACCCCCUCCCCAUCUAAGACCCUCCCAGCAGCAGCGAAUGCCAUCCCUCUGAUGGUUGCUCUCCCCAAUCUAAAUGAGGAGGAGGAUGAAGAGAGGGAAGGAAGCCAGCUGGUUUCUGUAUCUGAAAUGAGUGGAACCACACAGCCCACAGAGGAGUCUCGUCCCGGGUCCGCCGGACCAGUAGGAGGGUCCGCUUGGAGGGCGGGGGGCGCUUUGUUCUCCGAGCUGGACUCCGAGGAGGUAAGCGUCAGCCAGCAGGGUGCAUCUGAACUGAGUGCCCCCGGCGUCCUGGAGGGCACGGAGAGCAUGGAUGACCUAGGAGACGGCAGUCUCAAAGGAGCCAUCGACAUGGAGGGAGCCUCAGCAGGGUCACCUGACUUUGAGAAGGUUCCUGACAUACCAGUGAAUGACUUCGACGACGACUUCGACGAUGACGACGAUCGGGUGUGUGACAUGGAUGUGGGCUCAGAGCGGGCAGACCAACCUCAGAGACCCAGGCAUGACAACGACAUAGAUGAGGAUGAAGACGAGGAGGACGAAGAGGAGGAGGAGGAAGAUGAUGAUGAUGAUGUGGAGAUGGCUAGUGAGGGGGUGACAGAGAGUGGGCUGGAAAGCUAUGGGAAUGCAGAUGAGGAUGACUUUGCUGAGGAUGAAAGGCUGGACAACUUAAACAGAGUGGUAGAGCCCCCGCCCCCACCUCUUCUGCCCUCCGCUCUGGCUGCUCAGUGGGACCAAGCAAACCCUAUUGCUAAUCCCUCGGCAGACCCUCUUCAGCCACAGCAGGGUCUUGAGCACGCCUCCCAGUCCGCACAGGUGGCACAAGGGUCUGCAGAAAGCCCGUUGGGGGACCCCUGGCAAGCAGACUCGACGACCCCAACUCAGUCCCGAGCCCAAGCUUGGCUAGAACUCAUUCCUGAAAACCGAGACGUUCCCCAUUGCUCCCCUGUCAAAGAGGAGGCCCAAAAUGUAGAGGCCCAGAUGUACAUAGAUAAGUCUUGCUCCGCCCUGAUGCAGACUAUGGCCCCAGCUCUUCUCUCUGCCCCAGGAAUGUCUCUGUCAAGCACCCUGAGCAGCGAGACCAGCACACCUGAGGAACUCUGUGACUACAAUCGAGACGGGAAGAUGUUGCCUCAAGAUGUGCGAGCGUCGCCUCUCUCCACACUGCCCGCUGACGAAGUCCUGGGAGGCCCUGCAACUGCCAACACCUCCAACCCGUCCUCGACCUCGGUAACAGAGGACGAGGCCAGCGACACAGAGGGAGAGGCUCUGUUGGACGACUCCUCGGCGGGUCCGGUGGUCAGCCACAUACUCUUUGACUGCCAGCCUCCAGCCCAGCGCUGCCUGUCCAUUGUGGAAGAGGGAGAGGAGGCGGAGGGCGGCGCAGGCGAAGACGCCACCCCUCCUUCGGCGACAUCGUUGGCGUCUUACGGCUUUGACACCAUGACCACAGCCUCAAACUCCAAUGCUCAGUCCACAGGGGAGAGCUGCAUCAAGAGCCCGGGCGUCUUCUCCCUGGAAGAGCUCCCUGAGGAGGCCAAGGAGCCCCGUCUGAUCCCGCAGCCUCACACCCAGCCGUGCCUCGUGGAGCAGCAGUACAUCGAAUGUGGGAAGCAGGAGGCGGAGUCUGCUGAGCGUGUCGGGGAGGAAGCGCUGGGGCCCGAGGAAGCCCUGGACCCUUCGUCACCUCGGAGCACUUUGCAGCAACCAGAGGAGAACCCCGAUGACAUCCAGCCUCCCUACUAUUCAGCUAUCUGUGAAAAGACUGAGAACUCUUUUGCAGGCCUCACUGGGCUACCGCACCCCCACCGCCGCGAUCACUCGGCUUACCCCAGAACCUACUGCGACAUCCUCAAGCCCCUCGUCGCCGCCGCCACCCCGCCCAGGCUGACCUGUGCUGACCUCCCACCCAGGAGCCUUGGCCAGCAGGCGCUGAGCCCCCAGCUCCGCCGGCUGGAGCAACACCAGAGGCAGCUGCUGGAGAUGCAGCAACGCAGGGAUCAACAGAGCAGGCCGCUGGAGGAGGCCGAGCAGGAGAGGAAGAGGAGGGAGGAGGAAGAGCAGAGGAGGAAAAAGGAGGAAGCUGAGGAGGAGAUAAAGAGGAAUGAGGAGAAUCUGGAAAGGAAGAUGCGAGAGCAGGUGGAUGCUACGACCAAGGAAGAGGAAAGAUUGAGGAAAGAGGAGGAGCGCAAGCAGAGGAGAGACCUUGAGCUGCAGCUGCAGCAGCAACAACAGGAACUGAAGGAACGGCAGCAGAUCAUGCAGUGGCAACAAGAGCUGCAACAGUCUAAUAAAGGGCAGACGGUGCUGCUGUCCCCUUCCUCUGGCCUCUGCACCAUCUACGAAGCUCUGGAGACGAGUGACGAAGAGGAGGCAGAAGAGGGAAUAAAGGAGCUCAACCCCACCAAAGGGAAGAAGGAGCCCAGAAAAGAGACGUCCAAUGAAGAGACAGGCGACUGUGAAGGGGUGUCGUCGGAUAAAGACAAACAUCGAGACACGUCGCCAUCCACCGAGAGCCCCCCGCCUCCUCUCCCCGACUCCCCCCAGACAUCCAGCAACCCCUCCCAGGAUGGAGACAGCUCCUCCCCUGGCCCUCCCGAGUCUCCAGAGCCACCUCCGCCCCUGGACCUGGACUGGGGGAAGAAAGUGGACAUAGUCCAGCAGCUGAUCAAGCAAACCCUGCUGCUAAACCGGGACGGCUGCUCGUCCCUUCUGCUGCUGCCGGGGGGAGCCGGUGGCACACUGAGCCCCCUGGAGAGCAGCCUGUGGCCCAGCCUGCUGCCGCCGCUCACGCCUCCUUCUGCCACCGUCACCGCCGUCAGCAGUUUCUCCCCAGAGGCCACCGGGAGCUCCCCGCAAGGAGAGUGGACCGUGGUGGAGCUGGAGACGCACCACUGAGGGACGCGAGUGUGGAACAUCUGCAGUACUGUGCAACACUCAUACAGGGAAGUGACACGAGUGCUGUCUGUCUGCACAACCACAGGAAGAUGCACACACCACAGAUAAGGUGACACGCUCACUGGACUCUGAGCAAAUACACUUACUUUAGGAGAACAACUGCAGGGCUUUAAGGGCUGGGCAAUCGCGUAGGGAAACAAAUUAAUUGCAAUAACUAAAAGAAAUUCUAUCUUUUCUUCUUUUUUUUUAAGAAGAUUAACUAGAUCACAUCGUACUGAAUGGUAAAGGGUUGUUUUAAACUCAUUUCCAUGUAUUUUAGAGAGCCUGGGAGAAUAAGUAAAAUCCAUGAUGGGAUCAAAAAGAUGGACAAUACUUUAUAUUUAUAUUCUGCCCAGCCCUGGAGCUAGACUCAUAAACUAGUGUUGAAGAUCAGUGGUUCCUGAGCAGCAUCUUCUUUAACUGCUGAAUUCUUUUAAACUACUGAAAUAUAUUUGAUAAUUCAAAUGUAGCAAUCUGAGAUCUGGUCACAAACUGCAGACGGGGCUUUGCUUUAAGGGGUAGAAAGGUUGAGGAACCACUGUUAUAGAUUCACUUGAGAGGCAGGGAUUUACAACUGUACUGUUUUUUUUUUUGUUUAAAAACAAGCGCAUACAAUACGGGUGCUUGGUGGUGCUGCAGUCCAAUCGCUGGCUGUUCGUCCAAGCGUGCAUUAUGUUUAUGAAAGCAAAAAAAGGUAAAUGACAUUUCUUGCCCCAAAUCAAGACCCUCAGGUUUAGCUAUCACAACCAACAGAAUAGAUGGGUUUGAUUUCAGACACAGAAAGCCAAAGAUUGGAUCAUGGUUGCAGUCGAGGUAAGUCUGAGUCCAGCACGUCCAGCAUCUACAACGCUGCCCGUGAGUCUGUACUCAGGGGGGCAAGAAAGUCUUUGGUGCUGGUGAAUAACUUUAGUUUUUAGCUCUGCCACAAACGCAAGUCGACCAACGCAAACGUGACACCGCACUGAAACUCUGCACCCCACACGGCAUCGGUGCAAACACAAACUCUACACUGACUACAAUAUUACAUUUCAAUCCUUUAAACUCACACUUGAAUCCAUAUGAACAUUGACUGUGGCCACACACGCACACACCGACAGUGCCAAAUGGCCGCUAUCAAUCAACGGUAAACUGACUGAUAGAUUUGGUUGUUUUUACUUUGUGUUCCUCACCUGUAACCCUGUUUAAUUGAAGCUCCUUAUCACCUUAUUUUAAAAUGAGAAUGCACUGGAGAUGUCAUGCUACUGAAAAGCGAGGAAAGAUUCUGAGAUUGCACUUGAUCCCGUUCAGUCUUGUAAAUUUGUUCCAAUUGUAAAUGUUUAUUGUCAACGUAUUUGCAAACUGAGGGCACAGAACUGUCGUCCCAGCGACGAGGAGGAUCCUCAUUUCCCCACAAGGUCUCGGUCCGAGCCGUUUGGACUGUACAGUCGUUACCGAAGGUCGGUAUGACAUGGAAGCGUUCCCCUUUGACUGACUGGAGUCGGGCACCAAUGAGCUUUUAGAAAUGUGUCGACUAAAUCCUGCUGACGGCCUUUUUAUGGCCACUGCUCUGGAGCCAUGUGUGCAGUCCCCCUUAGAGUCGCAUGCUCACAUUAUAGAUCUCAGUUGGAGAUUAUCAAACGAGACCUUCUACACUUGUGCGGUAGGCUUCACACACUUUACAUUCGAAGACCAACUCCGGGGUUUAACUGCUACGGCUGCGAAGGUCGGGGUUCCCUUUUUAUUUUCGUGUGACAUGAGGUUGGGUUCAUUCUGGGUAUUAACUGUAUUGAAACUGUGAAGCGCUGUGGUACGGAGGUGCGUGUUGUAAACUGUCAUGUCUGUGCUGUGAGUUGAAGUCGGGCUGCUGUCUGGUUACUGUGCGUUUUGUCAGUCGGCGUUUUUUAGUCAUUCGCCGAGCCUCGCUGUGACCUCACGGGUUUAAAUGGGACUUUUCUGGGAUAGUCAGUAGAUUUCCGACUGGACGUUAAAUCCAGGGAGGGCCCAGUGGCAUAUGGGCUGGUUUUUGGUUAGUAACUGAAUUGAAAGCGGUAUGAAUCUGCAUCCGGUGCUUUAACCUUUGACCCCUUCCACACUUAAUUCCAGCAACAUCGCCCACUAAUCGGUCCGUUCUCUAAUCGAAGCCCAUGUGCAGCAGCUGAGAAGCAGGCGGGUGUUUACGCUCAUGUAAGUCUGCUUCCCCGUUCUCCAGGUCGGGUUUUUUUAUGAAGCUGGACUUUUUAAUUGUGCUUUCUUAAACAUGUCCGUCUGAUUUUGUAAGCAUUUGUGUACAUUGUUUCAAAAGACUGUUCACUGUAAUGAAAGGAAACUCCACUUUACUUUUGUACUUUAGAGAUUUAGAAGCAUAGCAGCCCUUUAAGAGUCAUAUAUAGAUUUUUAUUGAAUGAAGGAUGUUGGUUGUAAAUGGUAGAUUUGAUCCUUUUAAGUAAAUUACCUUUAUGAACUGAGCUGAAUGAUUACAAGGUCAAACUGAACACAGUAGACUGAACUCAAAGAUGAUAACUCUCACAUUUUUAAAUAUUAAUUUAUUAAAAAAACGAAGUGAAGCCUUUGAGUGCUGAUUGAAAAGGCUUGAUGAACCUGUUGAAGUAAAUGGGCAACUCUUGCUGGAGGAGCCCAAAUCAUGGCAGCUUGUUUUUAAAAUGUAAAGAUUUCUUUGUUUUUUUCAA